UGUUGGGUGUAUAAAAUUUUACUAUUUUGUGUCCAAAGGUGAAUCCGUCGACUAAAUUGCCGCGCACGGGUAAUGUUCUUUGGACCACCGUAAAAAUGGGCGUCCUCGUCAUCCGUCUACUAGAUUGCCGCCAUCUGCACUAACUGCGACCUUCAUUUUCAUUUCUCAACGCCCAUAAAUCUCUUCUAAUUUCGCAUGCAACCAGUUCUUGGGCAAUAUUGAUUUUCCUUUCGCACAGGCCACCGUCCAACUUCUGGAGAGCAUGGAGCAGCAACACAGCGUGUAUAAUUUGCCCGUCUUAUGGAGAGGAACGAAGUAUGUGGUGGAAAUUAGUUCAGAUUCUACUCUUCGGGACCUCGGUGAAAAGCUGCUAAAAUUAACAGAAGUUCAAGCAGAUACCAUGCGGCUCUUUGUCCCACAAUUUUCCAGCAAGAGCUCUAAAAUGUUAUAUCCUUUUUUUGAUGAAGAUGGAUUCUUGGCUUUGCAUAAGAUUUCAACUUUUAAGGACAACAAGCCUAUCAGAAUGAUGGGAGUGUCUAAGAAUGAGGUAGAUGAAGUUUUGAAGAACGAAAAGAAAAAUGAACGAAUUGCUGGGUUCGACGAAGAAGAACAGAGACUGAAACAACGAAUGUCAAGUAAGCAACAGGGCUUACUGAAACUACCAGAAGGACCCUAUGUAUUUUGCGAAUUUCGGACACUUCAAAUUCCAGGAAUUGAGUUGAACCCUCCAGCUUCAGAAGCUUUGAAAAGAAUGCAUAUGCUUGCAGCUGAUCCUGGCAUUGUCGCAAUCAUGAACAAGCAUCGUUGGCAUGUGGGAAUUAUGACCGAGAUGGCCCCUGUUGGCUAUGUUGGUGUGAGACCUAAAUGUAUUCUUGGCUUUAAUAAGAACCAUGGUGAGGAGAUAUCCCUGCAACUUCGGACAGACGACCUGAAGGGCUUCAGAAAAUAUGAAAGCAUUAAGAAAACAUUACUCCAUGAACUUGCACACGUGAUUUAUUCCAAGCAUGAUGCAAACUUCUAUGCUUUGGAUAAGCAGCUUAAUGAGGAGGCUGCCACUUUAGAUUGGACAAGAUCAAAAGGCCACACGUUGAGUGGAGUUAGUUAUUCCCAAUAUCAUGAUGAAAGCGAUGAUGUCCAAGAUGGCUUUGGUGUCUCACAGAAGCUUGGUGGAAGCAUACUGGAGCCCGAUACUGACGUUGAUGCUUAUCAAAAGAAGAUCGAGCCUGACCUAGAUGACAGUUCCAAUUAUCAAAAGAAGCUCGAGCCUGACGCGGAUGACAGUUCCAAUUAUCAAAAGAAGUUCGAGCCUAACCCGGAUGACAGUUCCAAUUAUCAAAAGAAGCUUGAGCCUGACCCGGAUGACAGUUGCAAUUAUCAAAAGAAGCUUGAGCCUGACCCGGAUGACAGUUGCAAUUAUCAAAAGAAGCUUGAGCCUGACCCAGAUGACAUUUCCGAUUAUCAAAAGAAGUUCGAGCCUGACCCAGAUGACAGUUCCGAUUAUCAAAAGAAGUUUGAGCCUGACCCGGAUCGUUCCUAUUAUCAAAAGAAGUUUGAGCCUGACCCAGAUGACAGUUCCGAUUAUCAAAAGAAGUUUGAGCCUGAUCCAGAUGACAGCAAUUAUCAAAAGAAGUUCGAGCCUGAUCCAGAUGACAGUUCCAAUUAUCAAAAGAAGUUCGAGCCUGACCCAGAUGACAGUUUCAAUUAUGAGGCCGAUUGUCUAGAAGCUGGCUUAGUCACAGAACCUAUGCAGACAGAGCCUGACCCUGAUGAAAGUUCGGUACAUCAGGCGGAUUUAUCAAAAAUGGUUGUUGAUGAACCCGAUCCUGAUGAUCAAGAAAUUCAAAGAAUUCAAGACCCUGUUUCUGUUGUUUGUAUUCGAUUGCAUGAGGUUAUUGCAAGGCUGCUGGCUGAAGUUCGACCUUCUGAAUCCGCUGCAGUUUUUCAAACUCUGUUCAAGAUUGUUAGGAAUGUAAUUGAAAACCCUGGUGAUAUGAAAUACAGAGUUUUGCAAGGCUAAUCCCACUAUCCAGAAGAAUGUUGCCAACUACAAAGCUGCACUGGAGAUCCUCUUCUUGAUAGGUUUCAUUGAAGAUGUACUGCUAAACGAAAUGGGCAACGCCGAAACAUUUCUCGUACGCUUUCUCGUACUGAAGCGUAACGAUCCUGGCUUAUUGUGGCUUGCCAAAUCCACCCUUGAAACGUGCAAUGCCUUGUAGAUAGAUUGAAGAACGUAGUUAUUAUGUUUAAUAGAACUAUAAAUGAUAAUGUGUAUGAUGAUACUAUAUACUAGUUCAGCUUAUCGUUUUAGACUAGACCACUCGAAACUCAAAAUAGGACUGUAGGUCCUUAUGGUGUCUGUUUAUUUGUUUAUACAAAUGUUCAAUUAUAAACUUGGUUCUUAAAAGUU